UGUUAGAAUUAGAUACGUUAAUUAAUAAUUAUUUAAAUGCAAAUAUGAAUAUAAUAGAUAAUGAAAAAGUAAAGUUGUUAUAUAAUUUAAUGGAUAUAGAUACAACUAAUAUGUUGAAGUUAUUUUAUUUUUACUCCAACCAAGAAAAUAGAAGUAUGGACAAAUUGUCCAAACUUAUGAAAGUUAAAGAUGAAAAAAUAAUACAGGAUACCUUUAAUUUAUUAAUUGAUAUACUUAACAAUAAUCAAAAGAAUAUUAGUGCUCAGUGA